AUGAUCGUCAAAAGCCGAACUGACCAGCGGCUCAUUCUCGACCUGAGGGAAAUCUUGAACAUUCUAUGGGAAAGCCGGAUGCAGCUGAACCCGAAGAAGUGUACCUUCGAGGUUAGGUCGGGAAAAUUCCUGGGCUACCUAGUCUCUCGAGAGGGGAUCCGGGCCAACCCGGAUAAACUCCAGGCCAUCAUGGACAUGGCCCCUCCGAGGAGCAUCAAAGAGGUCCAGCGGCUCACGGGAAGGAUGUCCGCCCUAAAUAGGUUCAUCUCGCGCUCCGCGGUAAGGGGGCUACCCUUUUUUCGAAUCCUGAAAGCACCCAAGGACUUUCAGUGGACUGAGGAAUGCCAGAAAGCCUUCACCGACCUAAAGGCAUACUUGGCUGAACUGCCUGCUCUGACCGCCUCGGAGCGGGGGAAAACCCCGUUCCUAUCCUUGUCUGCCUGUAACGAGGCCGUUAGCGCGGUUCUGGUACGGGAGGACAAGGGGGCUCAGAGGCCAAUAUACUACGUUAGCUGUGCCCUACAAGGGCUAGAAACGCGGUACACGCCGGCAGAAAAAUUGGUCCUGGCCUUGGUGCACGCCGCUCGGAAGCUCCGACCUUACUUCCAAGCCCACAGCGUUGUUGUCAUGACGGAUCAACCCUUACGUCAGAUACUCACAAAACCUGAGGUCUCGGUCAGAAUGACCAAGUGGGCCGUCGAGCUGGCCGAGCACGACAUCGGCUAUCGGCCUCGCACCGCUAUCAAGGCUCAGGCCUUGGCAGACUUUCUUGCUGAGGGGGCUAGCUUGACGCUGACCGAGUCAAGCUCUUUGCCCACGGACAUACAGCCGGAAGAGCCAUGGGUGCUAUUCAUAGACGGAGCCUCGAGUAAGGAAGGAAGAGGAGCCGGCCUGCUGCUCACCUCGCCCACAGGGGAAGAGCUGACCUACGCGCUCAGAUUCGACUUCCCGGUAUCAAACAAUGAGUUUGAGUACGAGGCCCUAUUGACAGGAUUGCGGAUAGCCCACCAGAUGGGUAUAACCGCGAUCAGAGUCCGGAGCGACUCUCAACUCGUAGUCCAGCAAGGUCGCGAGGAAUACGAAGCCAAGGAGGAGGUCAUGAAGAAAUACCUGGCAAAGGUACGAGAGGCAAUAGCCCUGUUCGAUACUUUUGAAAUCGAGCGGGUGCCAAGAUCCCAGAACAAGCGCGUGGACGCCCUGUCGAAACUGGCAUCCUCCUCGUUUGCCCACCUGAGCAAGGAAGUCUUGGUAGAGGUGGUCAAGCAAAAAAGCAUUGGCCAGACCCAGGUCUUGGCUAUAGACAGCUCGACCACCUGGAUGACUCCUCUCGUGAACUUCCUCAGCUCGGGUGUCCUUCCAGGGGAUAAAACGGAAGCUCGCCGACUCCAGCUCCGAGCUGCUAAGUACGCUUACGCUGGGGGGAUCCUCUACAGGAGGUCGUACUUGUCUUCUUGGCUAAAGUGCGUGACUCCUGAGGAAGGUGACUAUAUCCUCCAUGAGGUUCAUGAAGGCCUAUGCGCGGCACAUGUUGGCUCCCGGGUCUUGGCCAAAAAGUGCCUACUCCUAGGCUACUAUUGGCCCUUAGUGUUUCGAGAUGUCGCGGCUCUGGUUCAGAAAUGCCGAGCUUGCCAGGUGCACGCCCCGCUGCGCCACCAGCCCGCUCGGGAAAUGGUUCCCAUCCAUAGCCCUUGGCCCUUUGCUCAGUGA